AUGAUGAGAUUAGGGUUCUUAUCGUUGUUGCUGAUCGUGUGUGAGGAGUCUGUCGCCAAUAUCUGUAUCCCAAAGAGCGCUGGCAAAAGCUUUCUACCUUGUGAAGAUCAUGAAUCUAAUGCCGAACAGGCAGGCAGAUGUGCAGAUCAGAUAUCUUUGAUUUCAAGAAAUGGAGUACAACAACUUCAGUUCUUAAUAUCGAUUCUGCCAAUCUCCCAUGUCCUUUCUGGAAUUAGAGACGUUCUAGGCAAGAGGAAGUCCAAAGAUGUUGCUGCCAAUGAUGACGUUGAACUCCGUUACAACUUCCAACACAACUUUCAGAAACUUUAA